AUGAAUAUUUCUACAGCGACCAUCUUUUCGUCUGGAUGGAACUCAACAGGAAUCACUGUUGCUGGUAUCACCGGUUAUUCGGGUACAAGUGCUGACCGACUCACUAAUCCGUUUGGCGUGAAAUUGGAUGAAGCGAACACAAUUUAUAUUGCCGAUCGUGGUAAUAACAGGGUACAGAGAUGGCCCACGGGAGCGUCAAGUGGAACCACAGUGUGCGGACAGUCCAGUGGAACAUCGGGUGUUGCACUGAAUUGUUUAAAUAAUCCAGGCAAUGUGGAGGUCGAUUCAAAUGGAAACCUUUAUGUGACAGAAAUUUUCAAUUAUCGAGUUCUAUUCUGGCCAAAUACCACAUUUAUGGGUGCAAUCGUCGCCGGCAAUGGUGUUGCUGGCUCCUCGAACAAUCAACUUGAUCAACCUCAUGGUAUUGCAUACGAUUGGAACUCAAACAUCCUUUACGUUGCUGAAUAUAACAAUCAUCGUGUUAUGAAAUAUCUGUCUGGCGCCACAUCAGGAAGUGUAGUUGCUGGCGGAAAUGGAGCAGGAAAUGGUAAUACACAGUUAAAUUAUCCGGUGGGUCUUUAUUUGGAUUCGUCAACAAACAGUCUUUACAUUGCCAAUUUCGGUGCCAACAACAUUGUUCGCUGGGUAUUGGGUGCCAGUACUUGGACACUUGUAGCAGGUAUUGGUGGAUUGGCUGGUAGCAACUCGACAUUGCUUAGAUCACCAGGUGAUGUCAAACUCGAUUCGUUGGGAAAUUUAUAUGUUGCUGAUACUAUCAAUCAUCGAAUACAAUUUUUCAGAGUUGGUGAGUCUAAUGGCACUACAAUUGCAGGUGUUACUCUUUCAUCAGGCAGUAACUCAAAUCAACUAAACUUACCGUUUGGAUUGGCAGUCGACAGUCAAUUCAAUGUAUAUGUCGCAGAUUAUGGCAAUCAUCGAAUACAGAAGUUUUUGCACUACUAA